ACUCCGCGACAGUCUAGAUAGAUCUUAACAUCGUUUCGCAAGAUUCGCUCGCUCGUCCGUUCGUCCUUCUGUGACUUCCACCUACUAAAACCAAUAGCAAGAGUUCUAUUGAAUCAUUUGACCGAAUCAUUCCAGACACUAGGCAUCGAAGCCCCUAUUCAAUCGCACCAGCACUGAAAAUGACCGACUCUCAUAGCGAUUCCUCCGUCGAAAUCAUAAGCAGCAUUUCUUGUUGUGCUACAGAAGCUUCUGAAGAUGUAGUUGUCUGGGGCGUCAGCGACGAAUACUCAUCGGAGAGUAGCGUUACUGACAGCGACACGGACUAUGUCCUGUUACCCCGUGCCUCAGCGGAGGGUUCGUUCAACAGUGAUUCCGGCGACAGCACCCCAGAGGAUAUGCUGUCCAUUCCAUUCAAUCUAUUAUCAGUCAACAAAGUGCAGUAUGAGUCGGAUACGAACCAAGCCCACAAACCAAACCAAAAUGUAGAGCAGAUCUUGAAUCCAGAAACGCAUGAGGCAAGAACCCCCAAUGGUUCAUAUGAAGAUGCUGCGGCGUACAUUACGCAGUACCUGGAUGCCCCUGUGAAGGAGAAUAAUCCCGGUGUGAAGCUCCUGCUUCUGCAGGCUCUUGUUGUCGAAUUCGGUAUUUCCAAACAGCCGCCCGCCAGCAUAUCAUCAGCAACAAAACUUCUGAAGGCCUCGCUACAUGUCAAUAUCAACGAUUAUGUAGCGAAGCGGGGAAAAGAUCAAGGCGAGCUGCAACAGAUCAUGCAACCCAGCAAGAAAGCCCUACGUAAGGAUCUUCGGCGAAGUAGCCGUAGGAGCUCCCUGAAGUGGGUGAAGGAACAUGGACUAAACGUCCUUCUAAUCGGCUUCUCUCACUAAUUUGC